CCCCUUCCGGUAGCCGCCGUAGCUGCUUCCGGUGGCGCGCCUGGCCGGCUCCGGGCUCGAGCGUCCCCAGGCGCGUUCCGCUCCUCUGCCCGCGCGGGUUACGCCUCUCUGUGUCCAGCAACACAGCAGAGGCCCGGCCCCGCCGCGGACACAAGAGCGAGCCCGGGUAACAAAAUGUGUUGCGAGAAGUGGAGCCACGUGGCCGAAAUGCUGCUCUUCAUUGAAGACCGCGAGGAGGAGUACAAGAUCCUUUGCCUCUGCUCCCGAGCAUUUGUAGAGGAUCGGAAAUUAUACAACUUGGGAUUAAAAGGCUACUAUGUCAAAAGCAGUGGCAAUAAUGCAGGAGACCAAGUUACAGAAGAGGAGGAAGAUGAUCAUUCCAGUGGCACUACAGAAUCACAUAGCCCAGAUGAAAGUGACCUUGACUCUGAGGCCAAACUCAUGAGAAGUAUGGGAUUACCAAUUCAGUUUGGUAGAAUGUCUAUACAUGAGAAUUUUGAGGUGUCCAUGAAUGCAAGAAAUAAAGCUAAAGUGAGGCAGAAGAGGAGAAAGCACCGAAAGCAGUAUUUAGAUGAAAUGGUGCGGGAGGACUGGAGAAAUGACUGUGAAGAAGAUGACCUUGUAGUCUCCGAUGACCCAUCUUCAGUUGAACACUGUGAGAACAACAGAGCAUGUGAAAUUCAGAGCAAAACAGAUGCUGAAACAGAAAACCUUUCUGUUGAAAAUACACUGGCUCCAAAGCUAGAGGUCACAGAGAAUUGGGAAAAGUACUGGAAUGAAUAUGGAGAAGGGCUGUUGUGGCAAAGCUGGCAAGAAAAAUAUCCAGACCAGACACUGUCUUCUGAACCUUGGAACCUUCCUGAUACAAAGGAAGAAUGGGAGCAGCACUACAGUCAGCUUUAUUGGUAUUACUUGGAGCAGUUCCAGUACUGGGAAGCUCAGGGCUGGACUUUCGUGGCCUCACAAAACUGUGAUAAAGAUGUUUGCACAUCUCAUGCAGAGGUUGACCAGAAUGCCGAGAGCAGCCUGAAAGCAGAUGUAACGACUUUUUCAUCUUCACCUAACACAGCGGAGGAUGAAAGCCUUGGCUCAAAUGACAAUGACCACAAUGAAAUUAUUGCUGGGCUUAAUAAGAUAACUCUGAGUGCAGAGGAAGUAGAACAGAGCCAGUUAGAUUCCUCUGAACACUGUGACAAGCCACUCAGUGAAGUCACUGGGAAGGAGUGCCCUGCCUCUGGAGGAAGUGACUCCUGUCAUGGAACACCCAAGGAAAGUGACAUAUCUGAGAACAGAAGCUCAGACCAACCAGCUCAAGAGUUGCAGGAAUCUUCAGGAACGAAUACAAGUAAACAUAGACCACACCAUAACGGGACUGAUGGAAACGAGAGUGAAGAUGACCCACCUGAGCAUAAGCCUAGCAAAAUGAAGAGAAGCCAUGAAUUGGACAUUGAUGAAAACCCAGAUUCGGAAGUUGAUGACAAUGGUUUCCAUCUAGGAUUCAAGCAUGGCUCAGGACAAAAAUAUGGUGGAAUUCCAAAUUUCAGUCGUCGACAGGUCAGGUAUCUAGAGAAGAAUGUGAAAUACAAGUCAAAGUACCUGGACAUGCGCAAGCGGAUGACUGUGAAGAACAAGCACAUCGUCUUCUCCGAGGAGUCAGGGAAACCCUUUAUCAGGAAGAGUAAAGUACGGAGUAAGGUGGAAAAAUUCCUAAAAUGGGUUAAUGAGCCAGUAGAUGAGGAGAUAUCACAGGAGCCUCUGUCUCACAACAAAAUGCAAGACACUUGCACAAGCAGUGACUCUGAGGAACAAGACAUGUCCAUGGAGAAAACUGACGGUCUGAUGGAGACCAGAGAUCCAGAACCUGAAAACUGUCAGACCAUCUCUUCAGCCAGUGAACUGGAAGCAGAAAAGAGUGAAGGGGGCUCCUUACUAGCAGCUGUUCCAGAGAACUGUUCAACUGAAGGAGUAGCAAACUCUCCCCGUGCAGAAACAGAAGUAGAAAUAAAGAAGAAAAAGAAGAAGAAGAAGAAGAACAAGAACAAAAAGAUAAAUGGUCUACCACCUGAAAUAGCUUCUGUUCCGGAGCUGGCAAAAUACUGGGCCCAGAGAUACAGGCUUUUCUCUCGCUUUGAUGAUGGGAUCAAAUUGGACAAAGAGGGCUGGUUUUCAGUCACUCCUGAGAAGAUUGCUGAGCACAUUGCUGGCCGCGUCAGUCAGUCCUUCAACUGUGACAUCAUAGUAGAUGCUUUCUGUGGGGUUGGAGGAAAUACCAUUCAGUUUGCCUUGACAGGAAAAAGAGUGAUUGCCAUUGAUAUCGACCCUGUUAAAAUUGAUCUUGCUCGGAAUAAUGCUGAAGUUUAUGGGAUAGCAGAUAAAAUAGAGUUUAUCUGCGGAGAUUUCCUGCUCUUGGCUCCAUGUUUAAAGGCUGACGUUGUGUUCCUGAGUCCACCGUGGGGGGGCCCAGAUUAUGCCACUGCGGAGACCUUUGACAUUAGGACAAUGAUGUCUCCUGAUGGCUUUGAAAUUUUCAGGCUUUCCCAGAAGAUCACUAAUAAUAUUGUUUAUUUUCUUCCAAGAAAUGCUGAUGUUGACCAGGUGGCAUCGUUGGCUGGGCCUGGAGGACAAGUAGAAAUAGAACAGAACUUUCUUAACAACAAGUUAAAGACAAUCACUGCAUAUUUUGGUGACCUGAUCAGAAGACCAGCACUUCGAAGUGCUGAGGCGUGAUGCUGUAAAGCACAGAGAUCAUGUGGAGAGAGGAUGGAUGGAUGGACGGACGGACGGCCUUCGAGUGGGAGACACGAGGAAGGUCUUCCUAAGCUCCUUGAUACUGUGUGUGCAUGUGAUGAAAAGCUGAGCUUUAAAGAAUGCUAAUGAAGUGGUUUGAGAUCUUGGUAAUGUUAACUGAUCUGUGUUCUGUACUUUAAAACAGCAUCAGGACAAGGUGAUGGUGGGGGCCUGCAUCCCAGCCCUUGAAAAAGAUCAUGAGUUCAAGGCCAUGCUGUGCUGCAUAACAAUUCAAGGCUGGCCUGGGCUACAUGCUGUCUUGCCUCAGAAUAAACAUCAUAAAGAGUCUAGGCAUAUCCCUGUGCUUACAUUAAGUGCAUCUGUGGUUGUGGGUGUUUUCAUUCUUUAACUGUUUUAGUUUAUCAUCUUUGUGUCUGUGUAAAUAAUAAUUGGUUUUUUCAAAUGCAAAGAAAAACAAAGCAGUUCUACCUACACAUUUGACCCCUAUUGAAAUAAUGUUACCAAUUUAAUGCUAAAACAAGAAAAGUAAAGUUCCCACCACCUUACCUACCUUUUACUCAACUAUCUAAAGCUAAUCACAGUUAACAAUGCUUUCCUUUUUAAUUUUUUAUUACAUUUUUAUUUUGUCUGUAUGUGCAUGCGCGUGUGUGUGUGUGUGUGUGUGUGUGUGUGUGUGUAGAGGUCAGAGGACAACUUGUGGGGUUCCCUUCUCUACUUACACCAUGUGGGUUCCUGGGAAUCAAGUUAAGGUCAUCAGGCUUUAUAACCUGAGCCAUCCCAUUGGUCCCCUGUUAAUUCUUCUGGAGAAAUGAUUGCAUUAUAGCAGUAUGCUCUGGUGCACUUUCCCAUGAUGCACUCGUUGUUCGUUCAUUGCCUUCCCUUUGUGGAUACGUAAUGGAUAGUAUAUAAAAUAAAUGCUUUUGUGAGAGAAAUAUAUCU